GCGCCCCCCCCCGCCGCGGACAAGAUGGCGGCGCCCAGCAGCGGGCCCGGUAAUGGCGGCGGGGCCGACGAUGGCGGCGGGGCCGGGUCCGCCCGUUACUGCCUCGUGAGCGGCAUCCCGGCCGCUCUGCGCUCCGCACAGCUCCGCUCCUACUUCAGCCAGUUCCUAGAAGCCGGCGGCUUUCUCUGCUUCCACUACCGCCACCGGCCCGAGCGGGGCCCGGCGGGCGGCGGGGGGGAGCCGAGCACCUGCUGCUGCCCGGUGGCCGUGAGGCCCGGCCGCGCCCGCCGCUUCGUCCGCAUGUACUCGGGAAAGAGCUGGGUCGGGCCCGGCGGUGCCUCGCUGCCCGGCCGCUGCAUCGUGCGAAGGGUCCGCCUCGGCCCCGGGACAGCCGCCGAGACGCUUCCCAAGGGAGCAGACACGAGGGCUGCAGGCGAAGCCGUCGCGGAAGCAGACUUGAAGCGGCUGCCUGAGUUCAACCCCCCUUCCUGCAUGCCUUUCGGGAACGUGGGCACCCCCCUGAGCGUCUUCCUGGAGCUGAUCCGUGCCUGCAGGCUGCCUCCCCCGGUCAUCAAGAAAUUGCAGCUGGAUUUCCCGAAGACGGGCUCAUCCCGGAGGUAUGGCAACGUGCCUUUUGAAUACCAGGACACUGAGACAGUUAUAGAAGAAGAAAGAGUUUACACCGCCACGGGGGAUGAGAUCACGGAGGACGAGGGGCCUGGGGCAACAUCGGAAGCGACCGAUCCAGCCAGCGCUGAGGAAGAUGAGGGGCAGGAAAAGGAGGGAGAGGACUCGCACUCGGAUGACGACGAUGACACCUGUGAGGAGUGGGAGCGACACGAGGCUCUGCACGAGGACGUGACGAAGCAGGACCGCGUGGAGGAGCGGCUCUUUGAGGAGGAGAUUGAGCUGAAGUGGGAGAAAGGAGGCUCCGGCCUCGUCUUCUACACGGAUGCUCAGUACUGGCAGGAGGAGAACGGAGACUUUGAUGAGCAGACUGCGGACGACUGGGAUGUGGACAUGAGCGUCUACUACGACAAAGAUGGAGGCGAUAAGGAUGCUCGGGACUCGGUCCAGAUGUGGUUGGAACAGAGACUCCGGGAUGGCCUGGAGGAUGGCUCUGUUUCGGGGCAGCAAAUCGGCACCUUUGAGCGAUACACCAAGGGCUUUGGCAGGAAGGUGCUGGAGCAGCAGGGCUGGAUGGAAGGGCAGGGGCUGGGGAGCAGCAAGUCUGGAAUGGCUGAAGCUCUGGACAAUGAGGGUCAGAAUCCCAGAUGCAAGAGGGGCCUGGGAUACCACGGGGAGAAACUGCCAACGUUCAGCAAGGUGAAGAAGCCCCGGCGGGACGCUUCCGUCCUCAUCUCGACCAUCUACGAUGACCCUGACCCCAUGGACAGCGGUGACCAGCUCCUCAGGCGCCAGCCGCCCACUGCCAUGAAGUACAGACAGGACAUGCCCUUUGUCCGCGCAUCACGGGGCACUCUGGAGAGCUUCAGUGCCCAGUCACGCUGAGUAAAGACUGUCAGAGGUUUUUUACUGCUGCUCCUGUCAACCGCAGGCUGGCUCCUGCUGGUUUUGAGUCUGGAGCAGGGUGCUCAUAUAUUUAUUUUUGGAAGAAAGAGUCUUUAAAAAAAAACACAAAA